CAUCACCCUCAACCACCCUCCCUCAAACCCUCUCACAAUGUCGAUGGCAGCUGGCUUCGAUACAGGCCGAGUUUAUUCGGCCCAAGUAUUAGCAGGAAAUGAAGAUUCAAGAGCUCCAGAAGCUCCAGUUCAAAUCGAACAAAGUUUAUUCGAGUUUAUUCAACGUUUUAGGAUGGGAAAUGAUUAUAUUUAUCGUGAUCGUUUACGUGCAAACCUUUUGGCAAAACAAUUUGUAAUUGAUGUUCAAUUGGAACAUGUUCAACUUUGGAGUAAUGCUUUGGCACAGGCUUUCAGGGAAACACCUGGUGAAAUGUUACCGCUAUUUGAAGCGGCUGCAAGAAGAAGCGCAAAUGCAAUCUUGUAUCCUAUUUCAACCAAAGGAGAAGUUCGUGGUGUUACACCGGAUGUACAAGUAACACUACGAUCGGGAGCCAAUUUGAUCGGAAUGCGUGAUCUUCAUUCUGAUUCCAUCGCUCAUCUUGUUCGUUUGCCCGGUAUCGUGGUAGGAGCAUCAACUUUCUCUUCUCGCGCUACCCAUCUCAGCUUGAUGUGUAGGGAUUGCAAAACGGUCAAGACCAUGCCAAUCGUUGGUGGAUUUGGCGGUUUCACUUUGCCACGUUACUGUGAAGCAAAUCGUAUAUCAGGUGACAAAUGCAGUACGGAUCCUUAUGUCAUCUUGCACGAUAAAUGCAAAUUUGUCGAUACACAAACGAUCAAACUUCAAGAAGCUCCUGAUAUGGUGCCCGUUGGAGAAUUGCCGAGACACAUGCUGCUCUCUGCUGAUCGUGCUUUGUGUGGUCGUGUUGUUCCGGGAGCAAGAAUAAUCGCAACAGGUGUUUAUUCUACGUUUAACAGCAACAAAGGUGCAAGAGGUGCAGGUGCAGUUUCUUUGCGAACACCUUACCUACGUGUCUUGGGAUUGGAAAUUGAUGCAGAAGGUGCGGCUGGCAGAGGUGUUGCACGUAUGUUCUCUGCAGCAGAAGAAGAUGAAUUUAAUCGGAUGAGCAGAACUCCUGAUUUGUACGAAAAGAUUUCUGCAAGUAUCGCACCAAGUAUUUUUGGUAACAAGGAUAUCAAGAAAUCCGUCGCUUGUCUAUUGUUCGGAGGAAGCAAGAAAGUCUUACCCGAUGGAAUGCGAUUACGUGGUGAUAUCAACGUUCUGCUCUUGGGUGAUCCAGGUACGGCUAAAUCGCAAUUGCUGAAAUUCGUCGAAAAGGUGGCACCGAUUGCAGUCUACACAUCAGGAAAAGGAAGUAGUGCUGCCGGUUUGACAGCUUCCGUUCAAAGAGAUGUCAAUUCACGAGAAUUUUACCUGGAAGGUGGUGCAAUGGUUCUUGCUGAUGGAGGUGUUGUCUGCAUUGAUGAGUUUGACAAAAUGCGUGAUGAAGAUCGUGUUGCGAUUCACGAAGCAAUGGAACAACAAACGAUUUCAAUCGCCAAAGCAGGAAUCACCACAAUUCUAAACUCAAGAACAUCUGUUUUGGCAGCUGCAAAUCCAGUCUUUGGUCGUUAUGAUGAUAUGAAAUCACCCGGAGAGAAUAUCGAUUUCCAAACUACAAUCUUGUCAAGAUUUGAUAUGAUUUAUAUCGUCAAAGAUGAACAUGACGAAGCUCGUGAUCGAACGAUUGCAAGACAUGUGAUGAACAUUCAUAUGAACAAGCCCACCAAUCAAGGAGAUGCAGAUGCCAAUGCGGCCGCACAAGGAGAGAUUGAUAUUGAGGAUCUCAAGAGAUAUGUUUCAUACGCAAAGACAAGAUGUGCACCUCGCCUAAGUCCUGAAGCUUCAGAGAAGCUAUCAAGUCACUAUGUUUCAUUGCGCAAACAGGUGGCACAAGUGGAAAGGGAUAAUAACGAAAGAAGCAGUAUUCCAAUCACAGUACGUCAAUUAGAAGCCAUUAUUCGAACGAGUGAAAGUUUGGCAAAGAUGACAUUGAACACAACUGUAAAAGAAGAACAUGUUGAUGAAGCCAUCAGAUUGUUCAAAUUGAGUACGAUGAAUGCAGUUCAAGCAGGAAACGUUGACGGAAUGACACGUGGUGAAUUACAAGAAGAAGUGAACAAAUUGGAUCGUGAUAUUCGUAGAAGGUUACCAAUCGGUUGGUCAACGAGUGCUGCUAAGUUGCGCGGUGAAUUUGUUGAAUCACAAGGAUAUACACAACAUGCUCUCGAUAGAGCUUUAUGGAUUUUAGAAAAGAGAGAUGUGAUUCGAUUCUCCAAUCAACGUAAAACUGUCACUCGAACUGGAGUUUGAUUAGGCCUCCCCUUUUCUCGGCUUUCUUUCUGUCUUGCUCUCUUGUAUCAUUAUGUCUGCAGUAGUAA